AUUGCACCAUGUAAGCCAAACUUCUUAUAAACCGUUCAUGCAUCGCGUUCUAAAUGAUCUUUCACUAUUUACAAUCUUUUUUUGAUCUUCCACGGCGUUCGAUGAAAAAAUGGCGCAUGACGUCUGACCAUGCGAGCUUUUACUACUUACACCACCCACGUCAAAACAUUCACGCUACAGAUACGAUAUUUUUAGUUUCGACGAGUCGACUGCACAAUUUUAAAAACAAAAAAAAGACUAUAUAAUUCAACGCAUUCUCUUAUUCCGGAAUGCAUGGCGCGCAAGGCGAAUGAUAAAAUUAGUAAUUAGUAAAACAAUUAUUCCUCGUACAGCAGCGUCCUGGCAAAAUAGCUUACGUAAGUAAUCAACAGCUCAAAAUUACGCGCUCGCGAUGUCGUGGCGUAAUAUCGACGUAGUUUUUCAAUUGCCUGUAAUUGCCAUUUCAGUAUACACCUACAUUGUUUCGAACGCUUGAAAAACAAACGACGCACCGUAUCGCGAAUAAUAAUUCACCGAUCAAACGCGGCAAAAAAACUGAUUUAAACACCUACACUCGCAUAUAAUGCCCGUCUACUCCGCCAAGCGCGAGACGAUAAAAAAGUCCCCUACCUUUCCAUCGACCAGCCUCUCGGAGCUUGGUUCCCGUCCAAGAUAAAUCAAUUACCCGCACGCGCUCGAUCCAACUACGCACUUCAUCAUUGCUGCGCCGUCCCAACUUCUCGAGAGCAAGCCCACACACACAGACACACACACACACACACACACGCGCGCGCGCGCUUUAGAAAGGGGAGCCACUCACAAAGCUGUGUGCAAAAUUCACGAGUCGCGAUGACGUCGUAUCUUUCUCUCGGCUCGAGCCCCCUCGCCCUCCACUACUCGGCAGCACAAUAUCAAGCGGCUCCGGAUUGUCGGGCCGUAGUCGAUUGGCCGGCUGUAGCGUCAGCGAUUCUCCCAUUGGCCGAGUCUGACGCAAAAGCCAGGCCGGUGCCCGCAACCUACGAUUCCGGCGGCUGCAGACAGCACUGCUGUGACGUGCGUGCGCGAGAGUUCGAUCCCCAGCCGCCAGACACUACUCGACAGUGAGCCGAGAAGGACGUGAUCGCCAGAGCCACACAACUCGCAGCAGCAGCACUUAUACUUAUACGCUUAUACCGCAACUGCAGUAAACCGGCGAGCACACUACUACUUGUUGUACCCGUCGAUCGACACUGAGCGUUUUCACGGCGAGCCAGCGCUAGAACAACGCUCUAGAGGACAGCCAGCGGUAGAACACCUCGAGCGAACGCGGUAGACAACCACGUUCGUGACGACAAGAGCCGGGACAGCGACUACGCACGUCCCUUCCGCCCAGGUGGACAGAGUAGAAGGGUUGGCAACUUUUGGGAGGGCAUCCAAAAUCCCUCCCGUCUACGAACGCCAAACGGCCAGCAACAUUUCAAUUGAGCACGGGGUUGAAGUCAAAGGACUAGAACCAUGCAACCUAAAGCUACUUCAGUCAUCUGCUUCUCGUGGCGUGAGAUCGCGGCAGCAGCAGGAGAUCGACCGCUUUGCCCCGGUAAAAGUCGAGACGAUCCCCCUGCUCAGCCCGACAAUGGAGUCCGAAUUGAUGCGGGAGCCUUGGACCUUCCCGCGGGAGCCGACCAGCUGCGUCAUCGCGCCCCACGUCGUCCAAGCAGCUUCGCAAGCAACAGCCGCUACUGCGGCAGCAUCCGCACCGCUCACGAUUACACUAGACGAGGAGCCCGCAAGCACGGCCCUCUCCGCUUGGGAGGAGAACUUUCAGGAUCUAAGCGGCUGGUGCAUGAGCAACGUACAGCCGAGAUGCGAUUUUCCUACAGGUGAAUCCCCCAUGGCUGCUAAACUUACAGGUACGAGAAUUGAGGGUAGUGACGUCUUAACCGCACCGGACGGGGCGACAAGGGGUUUUAUACAAGCGAUCGGAAGGAAGAUCUUCAAGGGCGGUGACGCGAUCGUGGGCGCACGUCGGCCGCAACAGGCCACGGGCCUCGUCCCGCCGCAACUGGACCAUGCCUAUCCAUUGGUUGGUCACCAGCAGGAACAUCAGCAGCAGCAAAUGUAUUUUAGUAAUAAUAACAAUCAUCAGCAUCAGAACAACAACAACAGCACAGGUAUCGGUAUCGGUACCAAGCGCAUCAGCAUCAGCAACGAGAAUAGCCCGAAUGACAACAGAAACGUGUGGAUGGGACUACCGGCGAAGACCGAGCCCAUGAUUAUUCCAGCGGGUAACAACAAUAGCGUCAACUGGCAAGAACUCGGAGAUCUGGGAAUCGUGUCGGCGGCCACUGGACUGCCGGUUUACCAACAGCCAGCGACGGAUUUGGACGUGAAGCCGCUGCACCAGAUGCAGCGACAAGAUAGCCAAGACGUGUUUAGGAGCUUCGAGAACGAGGCCUCACCAAAUUUCGAUUUGCUCUCGUAUUUGUGCGAAGACGACAUUCCAUCACCAGGCGACAGCGUGUCCACGGACUCCUCGCACAUCAACAACCUGCCGAGGUUACCCUCGAAUCCAUCAGCGCACAUAGUCGUCUCACCGAAGACCUGCGAGCCCAUCAGUCUCUCAAGCAUCCAAGCCACGGACCCUCUGAAAUCUCGACUCCAAGUCUCGGCGGACUCGCCCUACUCGCACGACAGUCCCAAACACUCGCCGAUAUCUUCCGCCUCGUCGGAGCUGGCGAUGACGAGCAGCAGCGGUCGGCCCUACCGGCAGCUGCGCAGCAUAGUCAAAUUGGAAACACCCGAAAGCCCGACACCGAUCGAGAGGCGAUCCAGCCGACCGAGGCGGGCGCGAACGAGCUCGAGCACCAGCAGGAGCAGUAGCAGUCGGGGCAAAGGCCGAAAGCGCGCUUACGACGAGGACAGCGAUCUGUCCGACGACGGCAGCUACAGGGAGACGCGCGAAAAAAACAACGAGGCGUCGCGCAAGUCCAGGAUGAACAAGAAGGCCAAGGAAAUGGAGAUGUCGAAGAGGGCCGUCGAGCUCGAGAAAGACAAUAGGAUACUCAAGAUGAAGGUGGAGGAGCUGGAGAAACUGGUCUCGUCGAUGCGCAACGCCCUGUUGCGCUCGGCUCUCAAGAGGGAGGUCAAGCCUAAUAUGUUUUGAGCUCUUGGCCUUACCCACGCGUAAGAUGGGCUUGAUGAUUCUUUGCUUUAUUAUAUAGCCAACCACUCGCUAAGCGGCGUGGCUCGAGUUCUUGUUUUUUAUUUAUGGAACGACGCGCCGUCGAGUGGAGAUCGAACGAUUUCGAGUUGCCGAUCGUGAAGUGGAUGAUAUUGUUCUGUUCGUAUUUUUUAUUUUUUGUGAACGCAAGCCUUUAUGCAUUUGCACUAAUAGUACGAGUUAUGUUUUUUUUUUAUUUAUUCCGACGAUAUCCAGUUUGCUGUGAGCGUAUAAACGCUAGGGAUGUAAAGUGAUUUGUAAUCGUUGUGGUCGGGACCGACCCUUUUUUAUCAACUUUGGUUAACGACGCGAUGUUAGAGGAGAAACGAUCAGUAGACAUUACUGACGAUGCAUGAUUUUAUUUUCCCAUCGGAACCGAUGGGAUAGAUAUCUAUAUAUAUAGAUUAUUUUUUCCACCAACUGUAAAAGAUCGCAUAUAUAAGAUGGUUGGACGUGAAAGAUGAAAUAUUGAUAAGAAUAAUGAUCGUAUUAUAUUUUUAUCCACCCUGGUAGAAUGAUUCAUAGUGAUUCAUAAAAAUUCUGAUCCGACUACAGUCGGACUAGAAAGAUUUGUGCUACAAAGUGUGUACUUUUCAGAAUCAAAUUUACUGUGUAUUCUGUUUUAAAUAUGCAACCGAUCAUUAACAAAAUGAAUUUUUAUUGGCUUAUUAAAGAUCGCAUCCUAUUGUACUAUGUGUAAAAUGCGUGUGAAUCGAUGUGAGCGAAGUAAGUUUUCUACCAGGGGAAGAUCAUUCGCUAUUUUAUAACUUGCAAGAAUAUCUUACUAUUAUAAAUGAUAAAACUAUGUGAGUUCACGAGAUUCACGCAAAACAAAUAUAAUGAAUCUGAUUGUUGAAAGCGAAA